AAUAUUCAAUUGCUAGCUAAGCAACUUGAAUGGGCAAUUGAUAUUUUGAAAAUUGCACUUCCAGAUACAAUAUUAGUUUUUGGGUUUGAUAAUAGUUCUAGCCAUGAAGCCUUCGCUAAAGAUGCAUUAAUCAUAAACAAAAUAAAUAUUGGUUAUAGUAGUGAACAACCCAAAAUGCACCCUAGUCGAUUUUCUGAUAACACAUUUCAAGAAAUAGUUUUUCCAUUAAAUCAUCCAGAUGAAAAAAAAGAA